AACACGCUUAUAGACACGUUGAUUUUGUUUUUAUAUACCGCCUCCACAAAUCAGCAACGCCAAUAUCCAAAAUUAAUCUGCCGUGAGGCGACGGUUCCAACCAUUUCGAGGCCUCGCAUCAAGCAAAGGGGAGCGCCGCGUUCAUUUGAUCCGAUCGGGCCCGGGAGCCGCCUGGGCAUCCACUCCUUCUCGCUGUGCGUGAGGGAUCGGCCCGUGGAGGCGCUCGGCAUCUCCCUGCCGGGCUCCCUGCUGCUGUGGCUCGGGGAGAGGGGAGACCCGCGCCUCUCCGCGCUUGCGGUGGCGCUCGCCACUCGCCUGGACACGAUGCCGAUUGGCAGCUCGCUGCUGGGAGACCACGCCGAGGGGUUCUCCUGUGCCCUCGCCCAGCGCCUGGCCAAGCGCACGGGCAAGCAGGUGUUCGCCAGCGUGAACCUGCCCGGGCUCGACCCGGCCUCGCUGGCGCUUUUGGAGCAGCAGCUGCGGCACGAGAUGGAGCAGAGGCCCGACAGGUUCUGACGUCGGAGGUCGGCCGCUCCCCGAUGUCGCCGUCGACGCGGAACUGAUUAUAAAAGUGCACGGCUCCCGGUGGCUUCCUAAUAUCGGAAGGAAGAGCGUUCCAGACGGCCGCGGAAGCGCGCCUGAAAGCUCGCGACGCGGCGACCACCGUCCUUGUUUCGAUGGCCCAGCCAACGAGCCGCCGCCACCGAGAUGAUGACCGGAGGUGGUGCGACGACGGGAAAAACCCCACGGUCACGCGAAACUCCGCUCCGACACAGAGACACAUAGACUCACCACACAGAGACACAUAGACUCACCACACAGAGACCCAUAGACUCACCACAGAGACCCACAGACUCAUCACACAGAGACUCAUAGAC